AUGACCGUGGUUUCCCAUGGAGCUGAAAGGCAGGCAAGUGCCUUUAAAAGGUCCGCCUUGUCAGUUAAACCAGUUCACAAGAUGGAUCACCAACAGUAUCAGCUGUUAAAGAAGAUGUGCAUGCCUGUUCUGAAGGGUCCUGAGAACAGACAUGGCUUUGCCAGCUCUGAAGAGAAAAACAGUAAUUCUUUCCUUAAAUUUGAUGCAUUUACCCCUCCACUACAGCUGAACUACCCUUUAUUCCCUCACCAGGAUGAUGUGCCGUUAAUGGGUCCCUGCUCAGGUUUUGUGAGUCCAGGAGUAGAUGCUGACCUGCGGCCCAGUGUUGGAAGAGCUGUUGAGUCCUUGGUGGACUACAGCGAUUGGAAACCUCACCUGGUCCCUAUCACAGGAAAGAGAGGCCAGCCUGCCCACAGGAGGCAGAUGAUCCUCCUGGAGGAAACCAGCGUGGACAGAAGGUGGAAUGCCAGGGCUGUGUCAGCUGUUUCUGUCAGGGCACGACUCAGAGGUUGGAGAACUCCAGUGAAAGUUACUCCUGCUCUACCUGACCAAAACCGUAUUUCUGCAUUUUAUAUGGAUCCCAGUCUCAAGGCAAGUGUCUGGAAUCCUUCAGCAAGGCGGAGAGAAAAAAAAGCAAGGGACUAUUUCUAAAGUCAAAUACACUACACCUAUGAAGAAGUUCCUUGGGAUGAUAUAUUAUCUUCCAAAAUCCAGACUCCAGAAUCAACAGUAGAAGUAUUGGUUGAUCCUGUUUCCCAGCAUUUCACAAAAAGGAGAUACCAUCCUGAACCUGAAAUAAGCCAAUUUGGGGUUGUUGGAGGCUUCUGGGACAGAUUUCAAACAAGAUCUUUUACCUCUCCACAGAGAUCUGUUGAUUUUAUAAGACGAAGCUCUCAAACCUGUCAUAUCCUUUGUAUAUGUAAUGGCUGUGUUGGUGCAGUAAGUUUUGAAGACAAUGACAAUGCUGACGUAGACUUAAUCCCACUUAAUAAUGUGCAAAUUUCAAAGCCUCUCUACACGAGCACUGCACACACUCCAAAUAUCCCUGGAUACACUGGCAAGGUUCAUUGGUCAGCAACCCAGCCGGCAAAUUCUAAUCUUCCAUCAACAACCCCAUCAAUAAUUGCACGAAUGCAUGGUAAGAUACAAAAGAAGGAAUUCUCGUCUCAGUAUAAUCACCAGGGACCUUCUUCUCAGAUGGUGAUUCCAGUUAGUCCUCAGAAUUCUUUCAACAAGAGAAAACGAGAAACUAUUACAGUUUAG